GGUCGUAAAUCUAGUAAUGGAGAACCAAAAUAACAAUCUAAAAUGUCCACAUUGCUCAAAAACUUUGAAAAAUAAGCAUAUUUUUCACAAUCACGUCCUCACCCACGAUAACAAUGCUCAAGUUAAUUGCGAGAUUUGUGGGAAGACGGUAAAACAUCGACUCCAACUUUACAGACACAUGAAAUACAUGCACAGCAAUAAACCUAGACACAUCUGCAAAAUUUGCUCUCGAGCAUUUAGGGCGGCACAUCAGCUACGAAAUCACAUGACAAGAAUUCACACCAAGCGAGAAAGACGACACCUCUGCACAUUUUUGGGAUGUGGUAAAUUAUUUCUUGACGAGGGAGCCGUUCGAAGACAUGUCAAAAGCAGUCACCCCGGCGUGGCUAAACGCACCCGAUAUCCGUGCGAAUUUCCCGCUUGUGGUAAAUCCUUUCUCAAUAAGACCACCGUUCUAGCACAUGCGAAACAAGACCACGAACAGAUUUCUGUCCGGUUUCGUUGCACGCUAUGUGGAAAGGAAUUUAAGGAAAAGCAAAACCGCGAUCAUCACAUUGCUACCCACACGGGGGAAAAAUGCUACAAAUGCACCAUCUGUGGAGCGAGCUAUGCACAUUUGAGUAAUUUUAAAACGCAUAAGAGAACCCAUCAAGAGAAAUCUGCGCGGGAGGCUUAUAAAUGUGCCUUGUGUCCUCGGACUUUUUUGUCCAACCAUGGAGUUCGGAAUCAUUUCAGGACUUAUCACGAAAAUCGGAUGGACUAUGCAUGUACCCGUUGUGAUAAGAAACUAAAGACUCCGCUUGGCUUGAAAUAUCACAUAGAGGCAAAUCACGGCACAAAGGAGAGACUGAAUUAUUCAUGUGAUAAAUGCGAUUACAAGACCUGGGUAAAAUCCAGACUAAGAACACACGUGGCACAGAGACACGACGGUGUCAAGAAAAGCGAGUGCUAUUUCUGUGGAAAGAAAUUCUUUACUUUUAAGGAACUGGUUAUUCAUUGUGGUAAAAUCCACACCCUGGAGAAAUAGUUAAACGUUACGUACUCUUGUACAUACAUAAAUCAGUGUAAAUGGGGACUUGAGAGAUCAACUGGCUUUGGAAUGUUGUUAGCUGAGGAUGAGUUUUACUAGGGCAGUAAAAGUAAGCUUAGGUACGAUAUAAUUGACUUUUAAAUUCAACGAUACUGACCAUUUUAAUUAGUAAUCAUAGAACUUUUUUAGCACUACUAAUUUUGACCCUUUUCUUUUUUAGUCAACGUACA